UCAGCUCUCCUUCUGCUUUGCCCCUCGAGCAUCGAGGCGUGCGCCCGUGCGUUUCAGUUCUGCCAGCGAUGGCGAGCGGCACUGAUCCCCAUUUUCUGCGGCUUGCGAUUCGACUCGCGGCUGUGCGGUCGGCUCCAUUGGCGAGGGCGCUUCCUGGAAACGAAAAGAGAUGGCUACAUCGUGGUCGGCACCUGGCUCAGGACACGGAGAUCGUGGGCAUCUCGAGGAAGGACAGGUUGAUGACGAAGCUUCUACUCCAGCGCGAAGCCAAUUUCAGCGGCUCGGCGCGGGACCAGAACGUGGUGGUGAGGCUCAAAGUCGGAUCACAGAUGCAGAUGGCGCUGGCAGCGAGCACGGCGCACUAUCAGAAGGUCGGGAAGGAGGCGAGGGACACGGUCGCGGCCGCCGACUACGGCGGCCACCCGUUGGGCAAGAAACCAGACGCCUACCUCCGCAUGCUGCUCUUCAGGCUGAGCGAGUCGGUGGAGGCGAGGUACGACGAGGUCAAGGCCGCGGUAGCUCAAGGACCCCACCCCCAAGAGUCCGCAUCGGCGUUGACUACACUGGUAGAGUUCGGGAAGAGCCUCAAGGAUCCAGAGGUGCGCCUCAAGGCCACCAGAUGCUUCGACGUGAGAGUCACGACGACGAUCGACGGAGAGGAGGUGGAAGAGGCCAAGUGGAUAUUCGCAGCUGUGGCGCACCCCGCUGUGAUGGCGGCCAUGUAUGCGCUCAAGACCAACGGCGGCCUGAAGUCGGUGAGUUUGAUCCUAGAGGACGACGAGGCUCCGAGGUCCAAGGCAGCCAAGGAGCUCGAGAAGCUUGUGUUCAGGGGAGGCGGGAACGGAUCCCAAGGCAAGCAGAAGCGGGCGAAUACGAAGUGAUUCCAUCGGCAGACAUGCGCCCACGCCGUUCCCAGCCUCCCAACGUAGACCUCCGAAGUUUUUUCAGACUUCGAGGGUCUGGCUCUGGUGGAAGCUAGUUCAGUUGUUUUGAUGAGGGCCCGCCUCGAUACUAGAGGGUAUCUCGGCGGUCGCUCUCGUCGUGCCAUCCCCUCAGGGGAGGCGGUGCUCGAGCGUGGGACCGUAGGGUUCUGCGAUUGUGCCCGUUCCUCAGGCCCUCUAUCUCGCGAUCAGUGUGGUUGCGGUUGCGCCGUUGUUACAGUAGGUCUUUUAACUGGGCCCACCGCUAAACAUACGAUUGAAAGUUCG